GUCCAAACUUAUGUCGCGCCUACAUAACCCUCGCCCAGAGUGGAGGUGACCCCGAACUUCUCCACUAGCUCACCUUACCUUCCGCCCACCACAACACCUCGGUCUAGACAGCUCAGAAUCCUCAACACGAUGGCAACCAUGAACUUCGUUACGUUCAACCAGGACCACAGCAUGUUGGGAGUCGGUACCAGCAAAGGCUUCCGGCUCUACAAUACCGACCCGUUCAGCAAACAUUAUGAAUCGCAAGACGGAGACAUCGCUAUCGUGGAGCAGCUCUUCUCGACGUCUCUCGUUGCGCUCAUCAUGUCGCCUCGUGUUCUGCGGAUACAGAACACCAAGCGAAAUUCCACUAUCUGCGAACUCACGUUCCCAACCCGCGUGCUUGCCGUCAGACUCAACCGGAAACGGCUUGUAGUUGUUUUGGAAGAUCAAAUAUAUAUCUACGAUAUCGCCAACAUGAGGCUGAUAUACACUGCGGAUACCUCUCCCAAUCCCGACGCAAUUUGCGCGCUGUCAGCCUCUUCCGAUUCAAACUACCUCGUGUACCCCCUGCCAAUGAAAGCUGGGCCCACCGGAUAUGCGCCGCCAUCGCAUGCCCCUCCAACUACCAACCAUGUUUCGCCGACUACUGGGGAAGUCCUGAUAUUCGACGCGACCAAGAUGGAGGCAGUCAAUGUAGUCGAGGCACAUAAUUCACCGCUAUCGUGCAUAGCGCUGAACAACGAUGGUACACUGCUCGCCACGGCCUCGGAGAAAGGGACCAUCAUUCGAGUCUUCUCAGUACCAGACGCGACAAAGCUGUACCAGUUUCGAAGGGGCUCCAUGCCUGCUAAAAUCUUCAGCAUGUCGUUCAACUCCACAUCGACACUUCUCUGCGUAUCGUCAGCGACGGAAACCGUUCACAUUUUCCGACUCUCAGCUCCAGGUGCUGGCCGACGCAACAGCAUGUCCUCUCAGAUGCGACCACCAUCAAUCUCUCGAGACCGCAGCACCAGCCCGAGCAGCGAGGAAACAAGAGAGACGUCAACGUACGGUGAAAGCACGGAAGCUUCGAUACCGGAUAGGAAGCCGCUGAACCCCACCUUCGCCAGCAUGAUCCGUCGGACGUCUCAGAACGUCGGCAAGACGUUCGCAGCGACCGUUGGUGGGUACCUGCCCAGUACCGUCACAGAGAUGUGGGAGCCGUCACGGGAUUUUGCAUGGGUGAAGAUCCCCCGGUCUCAGAUUGCACCGUCUUCCGGACCUGUGAAGACAGUCGUUGCUCUAAACAAUAGCGGACCACAGAUAAUGGUGGUCACGAAUGAAGGAAACUUCUUCGUUUUCAACGUGGAUCUGGAAAAGGGAGGCGAAGGCAGUCUCGUGAAGCAGUUCUCGGUUCUCGAGCAGAACGACCAACUGGGACGCUCUCUGGUCGAAGAGUAAACGCUCGAGGGUUUUGCGGUGCUACAUUGGCGUAAGUGUGGAACACGGGUACUCUUUCAAGUACUUUUGUUCGGUUAGGGGCUCAUUGGAGUGGUUGUAGUAGCAUUUCUGGCGUCAGGUCAUUAUUAAGUGCUUCGCAUCGUCCGGCGAGACAUCGACAUUGGGUAUAUUGGGCCACUUUGGUACCUAGGUAGUUCAUCAAUUGCAUGGCAAUCUCGACUUGACGUA